AUGGCCAACCUAGCGUCUACGUAUAAGAGUCAGGGCCAGUUAAAGAAGGCUGAACAAUUGUUUCUACAGGCUAUAGAGACGAGAGAGAGGGUACUUGGGGAUGAGCAUCCCGAGACCUUGAACAGCAGAGCCAACCUAGCUUCGACGUAUAGGAAGCAGCGUCGGUGGAAGGAGGCUGAAAAGCUAUUACUGCAAGUUACAGAGACGAGAGAGCGCGUGCUAGGGGCUAAACACCCCUCUACACUAACCAGCAUGAACAAACUAGCGUUCAAAGGACUCUACAGACCGUGA